CGGGGCCUCACCCCAACUGCUGAGAGUCGCCGCAGGAGAGGGGCUCGGCGCCCGGCGCCCAGCGGGGACUGCAGGCAAUGACUCAGGAUGCAGCCAGCAGCCACAACGUGCACAGAGGACCGCAUCCAGCAUGCUCUGGAACGCUGCUUGCAUGGACUGAGCCUCGGACGCCGUUCUGCUCCCUGGUCAGCCGGGCUGUGUCUGAACUGCUGGAGCCUACAGGAGCUGGUCAGCAGGGACCCGGGCCACUUCCUCAUCCUCCUGGAACAGAUCCUACAGAAGACCCAAGAGGUCCAAGAGAAGGGCACCUAUGACCUCCUCGCCCCGUUGGCUCUGCUCUUCUAUUCCACCGUCCUCUGUACACCACACUUCCCACCAGACUCCGACCUCCUGCUGAAGGCAGCCAGCACCUACCACUGCUUCCUGACCUGGCCCGUUCCCUACUGCAGCAUCUGCAGAGAGAUGCUCACCUUCAUUGAUGCUGAACUCAAGGCCCCAGGAAUCUCCUACCAGCGGCUGGUAAGGGCUGAACAGGGCCUGCCUGUCAGGAGCCACCGGAGUUCCACUGUCACCGUGCUGUUGCUGAACCCGGUAGAGGUACAGGCUGAAUUCCUUGCUGUGGCAGACAAGCUGAGCACGCCUGGACAGUCACCCCACGGCACCUACACCACCCUGCUCCUGCAUGCUUUCCAGGCCACCUUUGGGGCCCACUGUGACCUUCCUAAACUACACCGCAAACUUCAGGCCAAGACGAUAGAAGAGCUGGAGGACAUCUUCACGGAGACGACAGAAGCCCAGGAGCUGGCAUCUGGCAUUGGGGAUGUAGCAGAGGCCCGCCAGUGGCUCCGGACCAAGCUGCAGGCAGUGGGAGAAAAAGCUGGCUUCCCUGGCAUCUUAGACACUGCAAGCCCUGGGAAGCUCCACACCAUCCCCAUCCCUGUUGCCAGAUGCUACACCUACAGCUGGAACCAGGACAGCUUUGACAUCCUACAGGAAGUCCUUCUCAAGGAACAGGAGCUGCUGCAGCCAGGGAUCUUGGGAGAUGAUGAAGAGGAGGAAGAGGAGGACUUGGAGAUGGACAGGCAUUGCGCCGAGAGGGACUCUCUCCUCUCCACCAGCUCCCUAGUGUCUCAUGACUCCACACUGUUGCUUACCUCCUCUCAGGCCUCAGAACCGGUGCUGUCCCGCCAGGUGCUGACCACCUUUGUCUCAGGCCUCUCGGAUGGCAUGGACAGUGGCUACGUGGAGGACAGCGAGGAAAACUCCUCAGAGUGGUCCAAAAAGCCCGGCAGCCAGAAACACCAGGGUCAUUGCAGGCCUGGGCAGAAGUUCAACAGGUUCUAUAAACUCUUAAAGAGCACCAGCCAGCUGGUCCUGAGGAGGGACUCUCGGAGCCUGGAGAGCAGCCUAGACCCAACCCUGCCUCUGCGGAGGGCGGGGAGCCUCUGCAGCCCCUUGGACUGUCCGUCUCAGGUCCCCUCCAGGGCUCAACGCUCAAGGUCCCUACCCCAGCCCAAGCUCAGCACCCAACUCCCCAGAUGGCUUCUGGCACCACCCUCGCACCACCAGCGCCGCCGUCCCUUCCUCAGUGGGGAUGAGGACCCCAAGGCCUCCACACUACGGGUUGUGGUCUUUGGCUCUGAUCGGAUUUCAGGGAAGGUGGCUCGGGCCUAUAGCAAGCUCCGGAGGCUGGAGACCAGUCACCCUAUCCUCACACGCUUCUUCAAGCUCCAGUUCUUCUAUGUGCCUGUGAAGAGAAGCCACGGAACCAGCCCCAGCGCCUGCCCAUCCGCUCUGAGCCAGGCAUCUCCACUCCCCACAGACUCCCUGAAGCACCCCAGCCCUGCAGACCUUGGCGUGGCCCCACGGGAGGACAGUACCAACGACAUCUCUCACUACCUCGGUAUGCUUGACCCCUGGUACGAACGCAAUGUGUUGGGCCUCAUGCACCUGCCUCCUGAAGUCCUUUGUCAGCAGUCCCUGAAGGCAGACUCUCGGCCCCUGGAGGGCUCGGCCACCCAGCUGCCCAUCCUGGCCGAUAUGUUACUCUACUACUGCCGCUUUGCGGCCCGCCCCGUGCUGCUGCAGGUUUACCAGACAGAGCUGACCUUCGUCACCGGGGAGAAGACUACGGAGAUCUUCAUCCAGUCUCUGGAGCUGGGUCACUCUGCAACCACUCGUGCUAUCAAGGCUUCGGGUCCGGGUAGCAAGAGGCUGGGCAUUGACGACGACCGGGAGGCCGUCCCUCUAACACUACAGAUUAUUUACGGCAAGGGAGCCAUCAGUGGGCGAAGCCGCUGGAGCAACCUGGAGAAGGUCUGCACCUCUAUUAACCUCAGCAAGGCCUGCCAGAAGCCGGAGGAGCUAGAUUCCAGCAUGGAGGCGCUGACGCUAACCCUGACAGAAGUGGUGAAGAGGCAGAACCCUAAAUCCAAAAAGGGCUUUAACCAGAUCAGUACGUCCUACAUCAAAGUGGACAAAGUGCAGAUCAUCGGCUCCAGCAGCUGCCCCUUUGCCGUGUGUCUAGAUCAGGAUGAGAGAAAGAUCCUGCAGAGUGUGGUCAGGUGUGAAGUGUCACCCUGCUACAAGCCAGAGAAGAGCAGCUUGCCACCUGAGAGGUCCUUCAGCCAGCCAGCAGAGACUGGGUCCGACCUGUGCUCCCUUCUCUGCCUUCCCAUCAUGACGUUCAGUGGGGCUCUGCCCUAG